AUGGCUUCGGAACUGUUGUUUGUACCUUUUAAAAAAGGGUCUGAUGUAGACAUUAUUAAACCGCUGAGAAACUUGAUAAACUCGACAUACAAUACCGGUGACCAACAUGAAGAUUAUACAGAUGCCCUUAACGAGCUUAGCCGAUUGAGAGCAAAUGCAAUUUGGAAAGUAUUCGAGAAAACGUCGCUGGAGGUUAUCUACAAUUACUAUGACCAGCUGGCUUCUCUGGAGGCCAAGAUUCCGCCUCAGGAGGUGCAGAUUCCCUUCAAGUGGAAAGAUGCCUUCGACAAGGGCUCCUUGUUUGGAGGGCGGAUGAGCUUGACAAUUAGCUCCCUGGCAUAUGAGCGCAUGUGCAUCCUGUUCAACAUGGGUGCAAUGCAGAGUCUGAUUGCAUCACAGCAGACAGUGGAGACUGAAGAGUCCCUCAAGCAAGCAGCUAAGCUCUUUCAGCAAGCCGCGGGCGUUUUCGCGUACCUGAAGGCGAAUAUCAUGAUGGCGGUGCACCAGGAGACCACGCCCGACCUCAACCCCGACACCCUGGACGCGCUCGCCAAGCUCAUGCUGGCGCAGGCGCAGGAGGUCAUCGCCUACAAGUGCAUCCGCGACGAGAUGAAGGAGAGCAUGGUGGCCAAGGUCUGUGCGCACUGCGACGAGCUGUACACCGACGCACUGCGCGCCAUGAACAAGGAGCAGCUCAAGGCGCUGUGGGACCGGGACUGGCUGCAUGUGAUGACGUCCAAGCAAGCGGCGUUCCGCGGGCUGGCGCAGCUGUACCAGAGCCAGGUCUGCAACGCUAACAAGGCUGUGGGCGAGGAGAUCGCGCGCCUCCAACUGGCAGAGGAACAACUGCGCCUCGCCACCCAGCGCGCGCCCGCCGGCCUGCUCGCCGACCAGCUCGCCCGCGCCUCGCGCCAGCUCGCCGCCGCGCGCAAGGACAACGACUUCAUCUACCACGAGCGCGUGCCCGAGCCUGGCGCGCUCGAGCCCAUCGCGCGCGCCGCCAUCGCCAAGCCGUUGGAGCCGCCGCCGCGCUGGGGCAACGCGCGCGACCUCUUCGCGGCGCUCGUCCCGCUCCCCGUCCACCAGGCGCUGCAGGCGGCCGGCGCGCGCCGCGCCGACCUGGUGGCGCUGGAGAUCAACAAGCUGCGCGACGCCACGCAGCUGCUUAACAGCAUCCUGGCGUCGCUCAGCCUGCCCGCCUGCCUCGAGGCGGCCGACGGCGCGCUGCCCGACUCCAUCCGCGCGCGCGCCGCCGCCGUGCGCGACGCCGGCGGCCUGCCCGAGCUCACGCGGCUCAUGGCCGAGCUGCCCGAGCUGCUGCAGCGCAACCGUGACAUCCUGGACGAGGCCGAGCGCAUGCUGCGCGAGGAGGCCGAGGCCGACGCGGCCCUGCGCUCGCAGUUCGGCUCGCGCUGGACACGCACCGAGUCCGCCAAGCUCACCGAGGCCUUCCGCGCCAACGCGGACAAGUACCGGCAGAUCAUCGACAAUGCCGUGCGCGCCGACAACAUCGUGCAGCAGAAGUUCGCCCAGCACCGCGACAACAUCGCGCUGCUGGGCGGCAGCGAGGGCGACAUCUGCGCCGGCGUGCCCGACGCGGCCGACGCGCCGCGCCCCGCGUCGGGCGCCGCGGGCGACGCCGCCGCCGUGCGCUCGCUGCGCGCGCUCAUGCAGGACGUAGAGGCGCUGAAGGCCGAGCGCGACAGCAUCGAGGCCGAGCUCAAGGACACCACUGUGGACCUGCGCGAGCAGUUCCUGACCGCGCUCCAGGCCGACGGCGCCGUGGACGAGCCCGCGCUGUCGGCGGGGGCGCUGGGCGCGGCGCUGGCGCCCCUGCAGCGGCGCGGCGCGGCGACGCUGGCGCGGCAGACGGAGCUGCUGGCGCAGGUGCAGGCGCAGCACGCGGCGCUGAUGGCGGCGCGCGGGGGCGCCAGCGGCCGCGACGAGGCGCUGGGCCGCCUGGCCGCCGCCGCCGACGCGUUCCAGGAGCUGACUGCCAACCUGAACGAAGGCAUCAAGUUCUACAACGACCUGACGCAGCUGCUGGUGGCGUUCCAGAACAAGGUGUCGGACUUCUGCUUCGCGCGUAAGACGGAGAAGGACGAGCUCAUGAAGGACCUGACGCAGGAGGCCUCGCGCGGGACGGUGCGGCCGGCGCCAGCGCCCCCGCAGCAUCACAGCGACACUGAGCCCCCUGCAGUGCGCAAGGAGGCGCCGCCCCGGCCCCCGCCCCCCGCGGCUGGCGCCCCGUCCAGCGCCCCGGCCGGCGCCCCGCCCGGCGCCCCGCCCGGCCCGUCCGCGCUGCCAUACCCGCAACAACCGCAAGGUAUGCCGGUGCCGUACGGCGCGGGCGCGGCGUACCCGUACUACGCGGCGCCCAUGCCGGCCCUGUACAACCCGUACGCCACGCUGCCGUACCCGCACCACGCGCGCAUGCCGCCGCCGCAGGCGUACGCGGCGUACCAGUACCCGGCGCCCGCGCCCGGCGCGCCGUACGGGCAGCCCCCGCCCGCCGGGUACAACCCCUAUCCGCAGCAGUAG